UCUACAUUGUGCUUCUUACAAAGUCCACUUGCCGUUGUUCACUAUAGUACCUGUGUCGUUCCAUUAACUCCAUCAACAACAACAACGCAGGACUCUUCUCCAUCCUUGCGUCCCGUUUCUAGCCAAAAUCAAUAUCUAAGAGCGGCGGAAGACACGCGACAUGCCGCAACAGAUCCUUCCAACUCCGCCAUCCUCUUCUGAUGGCUUCUCUCAGCAGCCAGUGGCCAUGGAGUCACACACUUCGCAUCCUCAAGGCUCUAUGAGCCCAGAACAAAGCUUUGCCGGCUACUUCUACUCAACUCGAUACUCUACUCCCGUUCGUGACGACGACUCUUCUGUGUAUGAGCCAUCAACUGUCUAUUCCCAAAGUAGCGAUGUUUCGUUUCAAGGUUAUGCUGGGAGUCUGGGUAUCACAAGUAACCCUUAUGGUCCUUUGACCGAUGAGAUUGGCUACAAUGUAGGUUGCACGAGAGCACAGGAAGAGCCAACAGCUGAGCCAACGAAGCAGAACCAUCUCCCGUACACUCCGGAAGCGUCGCCUUCAGCACCUUGCCCAUCUAGCGAUGCAAUUACGACUCGUAGUGGUCUCAAUAUCGCUAAGAAAUCGCUUAUUUCACGAUCACCAGCAGUGAAAACUGGUCGAGUUCAGAAGAGAAGCCGUGCAGAGAAAGCCAAGAAUGCCACCAACAUGCUUUCAAAACCGCUUUCCGAAGCUGCCAGAGACUUUCCCGAUAUUCAUGUCUCUGACAUCGAGGCCUUUGUCAGUCGGCCAACUGAAGAGAGACUGUCGGAAACUUCGCGUAACAAGAAGGCUGGUCAGAUCAAACGUCCCAUGAAUGCUUUUAUGCUAUACCGAAAGGCGUACCAGGAAGUCGCUAAGACGCAAUGUUCUCAGAACAACCACCAGCAUGUCUCAAAAGUCUGCGGUGCCGCAUGGGUUUUGGAGCCAGCGCAAAUCAAGGAGAAUUUUGAUCAAUGGGCCAGAAUAGAGCGUGUGAACCAUCAACGAGCACAUCCCGGAUACAAGUUCACACCCUCAAAGCCACGAAAAGUCAAACGUGAUGAGGAUGGUAAUGACGACUAUUCAGACAAUGACUCAGACUGGAACGGCGGACGUGGUCGGAAGUCCAGAUUCCACCAUACUACACGACUAAGCGAGGCACCAGUCGCCUACGAUGCUGCGAGUAAUGCGAUCGGAGAGCCAGCCAUGCCAUCUUACCAUGACAUGUAUGCUAACCCGGCUCCAGGUCGGCCCCAUUCACUGUCAUACGAUGAUAUCACACCCAGCCCUUUUGAUAUGGGCAUUCGUCAGUACAGUGGUCUCAACAUCAACAACGAAGUAAUCAACAGAACCCCUUCUCCUGGUGCCAUCGACUACCCUGUACACGGGCUUGAUGGAUUCGCCGACUACUACGGACCACCUGGAUCAAGCUUUGACAAUGCCGCUCCCCAUCUCUUCGGACCUGCUCAGUACGAUAUUUAUGAUGGGAUCCCUGCCACCGUCCCUUUUGACCAAGAAGGCUGGGUGUCUCACGUGGAAAGUGGACAAGACUUGAUGCCAGUCAUGGGUGGUUACGAAGACACCACAGCACAAGACGUGUACCUGAAGGGAAGCAAAGAUGAUUGGAAAGUCGAAAUCAUGGAUGAACCUGGUCACUUCGAGGAUUGGAUGACUUGGAUCUCUAAAACAGUGACCGUUACUGGUCUAGUCCUCUUAGCACAUGCAUGCUACUCCGCGCAAGAGCACUCCGUCAUCUCGUCAACAGCGGUGCAUCAUGGCCAACCGCAGCCGCUCGCAACACACUCGCUCCCAAUCGACAUAUCUAUCGAAGCACUGGUAGCGACUUUGAUCAUUGUCCUGGGCUUGGUUCUGGGAACUCCAAAGCUUCGACCUAUUAAGUGGCAUGAGUGGGCUGGCAAGAUUGAACGCGAAGGAGAGGCUGGUUUCCAAACAGGAAGUGGCGAGGUGGAAAAGGACUAUCGGGGAAACCCUUUCAGUGUGCUUGAGACGAGGCCAGGUUUCAUUGACAUCCGCAAGCAGCGCCGUGAAUUUACGAGCUGGGUCAAGGCUGACGAGAAGUGACGACAAGAGCUCAGACACCUAAGAUGGGCGACAUCACACCCUUAUUGAUAUGACGGAAUUCUAUCUUAGCAAAAUGAAGCGCUGUUGACGAGCGACCAGCCUCCAGAACCAAAUAGAGUCUAUUCAUAUACCUGCAUGACCACAAUCAAUACUGUAUUAGCCAGUUGCAUCGAUUGGAACAAUAGGUCCUAUUCAAAAGAAUGCUGGUACUUGC